CGUUGACCUCUCGAAACCGUUGGCCAAGACCUCAAGGUGCGGCCCACCUUUGCGACACAACAGGUGCCAACUUGACGCCUAAUCAAAAAUUGGAUAGGUUGGUCUCUUCAGUUUGUUAGCCGAAUCUCAGAGGACGUGUAGUGAACUGAUCUCCCGACGACUCAUCAGCACAAUGCACGUGUGUUUGGUUGGAAUGGUUGCCCUAGUGGGCGUGGCCUAUGGUGUGGUGGUACUGAAAGAGGCAUCCUAUCUGAGACUCCCCAACCGUAACGGCCAGUACGUCGUCAACAGCAGAACAGCCAGGGAGAGCGCCUAUGAUGAUGCCAGGAGUUACCUCUAUGUUGUUGGUCGUGACACGGCUAUGUUGCACAUCAUCUCCCUCGCUGACCCCGCCAACCCGCAGGAAGUCUACACUUACAAUUUCAACGUCGCCGCCGACGGCCGUCCUCUGGAUGUGGAGCUGUGUCGGGCGGCAGGGGUUACACCCACACUGGCCGUCACCUUUGACGGCCAAGAUUCUGUGGCUUUUGAGGGACAUCUGGUUCUUUAUAAUCUGUUUGAGAGCAGCUCAGAUACACUCACUCCCCUCAACCCAACAGAUCCUAGGAUUACCGUGGGAGCCCAUCCUGACAACAUGAAGUUCACUAGCGACUGCCGUCGUCUGGUGGUAUCUAACGAGGGGGAGCCCCGGGUCGUCGGUGGCACCUUCUAUGACCCCGAGGGGACAGUUUCUGUGGUUACAUUCUCCACAACGCCUGGCGCUUUACCAACAGUCACAACCAUUGACUUCAAGAAAUACGACGAACAGAGUGAACUUGUCACGCUACUGAAUCAAGGUGUCCGCUACUGGCUUCGCCGUGACCCCAACGAUCCCUCCAACAUAAUCCAGUUCUCCCAGAACGUGGAGCCGGAGUAUGUGGCCAUCUCACCUAGCAAUGGGUUUGCAUACAUCACCUUGCAGGAAAACAAUGCCAUUGCAAGGAUUGAUCUGGAGAACUCUGUGAUCACCAGCAUAUACCCGAUGGGCAACAAGAGUUGGGAGUUUUUAAACAUAGAUGCCAGUGACAGAGACAAUGGUAUCGCGAUGGCAUCGAGGAAAAUCCGCAGCUUGUACCAGCCCGACAAAGUCGCCUUCUUCACAUGGGGGGCUGAUAUACCUUACCUGGUGACAACUGACGAGGGGAGACCAACCAACAUCCCCGGGGUCACCUUCCAAGACUACGCUAGAGCGGCAUCACUGACAUGGAAUGUAAAUGAUCCUGAACUGAACUCUCAACUGAAAUCAAACGCCGAACUUGGUCGCCUGUACGUCUCUAAUGUUGACGGGUUUGAUGACACGCCGAACGUUCCCUAUGCUUUCGGUGGACGUGGGUUCUCAAUCUGGAACACACAGUCGAUGGAGCGAACCUGGGAGAGCGGUGACGAGCUGGAGAGGUACAGUCGCCAGUACUUCCCCAAUACAUUCAAUGGUAACUGCGCCACCUUCUCGCAAACCCCCGCGCAAGAGAUGGACGCCAGAUCCACGUGGAUGGGUCCAGAAGUAAACUCUGUAGCCAUUGGAGAUUUCGGAGGGCGUUCAGUGAUGGUUCUUGGGAGCGGCAGGAACGGCCUACUCUACGUAUAUAGCUUACAGCCAACCAUCAGUAACCCCACCCCAGAGUUCCAGAGUGUGCACAGAGCCGGGGAAAUAGAUGCAACCUGGACAAAUCUGUACGCCAGGGAGGACAUGGGAGAUGCCAUUAUAUCUGACAUCAAAAUUUCGUCAGUGGGAACCCCUAUCGUAAUCGUGACUUCUGAGGCCAGUGGAAGCAUAUCAGUGUACACGCUUGCUGACGAGACAUGGCCUGCACGGACACUGGACGACGAUUCUCAGGAAUAAUCCACACUGCCCAUCAGAUGAAAAUGUAGCCUAAGCAAUGAUGUUUAAUAAACGUUUAGAAACA